AUGUGCGGCGAGAGCGGCGCCGUCAACAGUGCAGUUAUUGAGCAGUACCGCAACGAAAAACUUCAGUCUUUGUUGCAGCAGUUCUCUGCAGACAACGUUUUCAACUGCGGCGAAACUGGUUUGUUCCUUAAGAUGUUGCUGGAAAGAACGCUCGCUUUUGCUGGUGACCCAUGCCAUGGUGGCAAGCACAGUAAAGAACGGCUGACCGUUUUUGUCGGCAGCAACAUGUCUGGCAGCGAGAAGCUUCCCUUGUUAGUAAUCAGGAAGUCAAAGAAUCUGAGGUGCUUUAAGGGGGGAGGGGCAACGCUGGCAGUGUUGUACGGAGCCAAUGGGAAGGCAUGGGUGACUCAGCAGUUCGAAAGUUACGUACGCAGGUUGGACAGGAAGUUUGAGCUUCAGAACAGACGUGUCGUGCUCUUCAUUGACAACUGCGCCGCUCAUGGUCACAUCAAGAAUUUGAAGGCUGUCCAGCUGGAAUUCAUGCCACCCAACACGACUGCAGUCCUCCAACCAAUGGACCAAGGCGUCGUCCGCAAUCUGAAACUUUUGUACCGUUCACGGGUACUAAACCGCAUGGUGCUGUGUGCGGAAAACGGCAAAGGCUACAACGUUGAUCUUCGGUCUGCUGUUGGAAUGCUUGCGGACGCAUGGAAGGCAAUGAGGCAAGACACGAUUCGCAACUGUUUUCGCCACACGGCGCUUCGUACUCGCCACAGAGGAAUCAGACUUGCCUGA